AACAAAUAUAUAUAAAACCGACAAAGCCAAUUGAGACAUUUCAAAGAGAGAUAAGAAGAGAUCUGAUCAUUUUGAAAGUACGAUUGACAAAAACCAAACAAACACAAAAAAAAUGGCAUCAGCGGAUGAGAAGGUGGUGGAAGAGAAGGCGUCGGUGAUUUCAGGCUUGUUAGAUAAAGCGAAAGGUUUCUUUGCGGAGAAGCUAGCGAAUAUUCCGACGCCUGAAGCCGCCGUGGACGACGUUGAUUUCAAAGGCGUGACACGUGAAGGAGUUGAUUAUCACGCCAAGGUCUCCGUCAAGAAUCCUUACUCUCAAUCCAUCCCUAUUUGUCAGAUCUCUUACAUCCUCAAGAGUGCCACAAGGACGAUCGCGUCGGGGACAAUUCCGGACCCAGGUUCUUUGGUUGGGAGCGGCACGACGGUUCUGGACGUACCAGUUAAGGUGGCUUAUAGCAUAGCGGUUAGUCUGAUGAAGGACAUGUGUACGGACUGGGACAUUGACUAUCAACUCGACAUUGGACUAACCUUCGACAUUCCUGUUGUUGGUGACAUCACCAUUGCUAUCUCUACUCAGGGUGAGAUUAAGCUACCUUCCCUUCGCGACUUCUUCUAAUUCAACUAUAGUUUUGCAUCUUAAUUACAAUAAAAUUUUCAAUAAAGUACCAUUCGGUAAUCAUAGACGAUCGAAGUUUAUAUUUCUGGACUCUCUUUUCUGUUGUUGUUGAUUUUGUUAUUGGAUUGUUAAGGAUGUUUAUUGGUUUAUAAAUGUUUUUCGUGGUGUCA